AUGUCGCUGCUUUUGAUCCUCCUUAAUAGUCUACUGCUGGUAUCACCAGCGUUUGCCGCCGAACUUGUGACGAUGUACCACAUCCAUCCCUACACUGCAUCCGCCGACCCCAGCAACAUGAACCUGGGCGAUCUGGCCGGUGAUUUGUUCUUUGAUAUUGCUGAGCUAAUAAUGCUGCUGCCUUGUAGUACCCAAGAAGACGCCAAAGGAUUGCCAGCCUUUGUCGCUUGCAACAACAAAGAAAUCUGGGGAGACACCAGUGUGAUAUCUCAACUAGUAGUGGAAGUAACAGGAGGCUACGGAUCUUAUGUUGCCUGCAACAUUUGCACGGCUGACGGGAAUUCUCCGCUCCACCCAGAUCACACUUGCCAACCAGGAGACUAUGUUUGCGAUUGUGAUGGCGGCAGGGAGUGCACCGAUCCUCGAGUGGGACGAACCAUCCCGGGAGGGCCAGGUGGGCGAUACCAUGAGACGCUUUGCCGGGAUCCAGACUAUCGUAAGCGACCUCAUCAAUUCUUUUGUGCCAUUGCUGUGGCAGUGAACCGAUUGAGGGGUUACUGGUAUACUACUCUGGGAAUUGGCAAGGACAAGACAUGGAGAGUGUUGGAGACGAUAAAGACAAUAUCCAAACAAUGCCACCAGCAGUCUUUUCUAUCUGACAUUGAAGCUCGGGGCGAUUGCUUCGAGGACGAGUGCCCCCGAGGAGACCCUUGUUACGUGGAGUGCUUUAUCCAGACUACACUGGGAUCCGAGGCACUGGAUUCUCCCAAUUCACAGGGAGGAAUGUCCAAGGAGGAACUCGUGGAAGCUUGGGCAAGACCUUUUCAAGAAUGCCCGGAUAUUCGACGUGGGUAUGCCAUGGAAUUGGCCAAUGCAAUGUCCCACAUGCUGCAGCUGUUGUAG